UGGCUGUUCUGUUGCCUUGGAGAUUACUGUAAAGUCGGGCGCUGCUGUGACUCAUCUGAGGGAUCUGAUUACACAGUGGUCUUUUUGGUCUCCUGUCCAGAGGCAUGGCUAUUAAGCGUGGAGCCUCAUUAACCAUCUGAAGCUGCAGCCAGGUAGUCUACCUACUGUCACUGGACUGAUGGGGUUAUAAUGAAGCUGUAGAUCCCUCACCCCUCUAUCUGGAAUGGUGGCUCACUAAGGAUCAAAUAGCCACCAGCUGGACAAUGGGAAUGGCCACACCCCUCUACAAGCUGCGUUGCUUCCUGCGGCGAGCUCACAUGCUCCUCCUCUUCUUGGGUAUCGCCUACCUGAUGGCAGGGAGCAUUCUGCUGCUGCAGCGCUCCAGCCUGACCCUGAGGACCACCCAGCCACCAGGCAGCGCCAGCCUCUCUUCUCUCAUGGCACUGCCAGCACCUCCCACAGCCGUGAGGGCUGCCCCCGGCCUGGACAUGAGAGCGCGCUCCAGAUGGGCAGCCCCCCAGGGCAUGUUGGGUGGUGGAAUGGGCAUCAAGAUGGGGCGGCACUGGCCCACAUCCCGACACCUGAGGGUCCAACAUCUGCACCGCCGCUGGUUUCACGGUCUGAUGCCAGACGCACAGGAGCAGAGGGGUCCCCUACAAAGCAAUACCAGGCACAAAGGGACCUACAUGGGUUGCUUCAUGCAUGAUGCCAAUGAUCAAGCCCUGGGGGGAACCGUGUUGUAUGACCUGCGCAAAAUGACCAGCUCUUUGUGUCAAGACACCUGCUCAGAAAGUGGGUACCGAUUUGCAGGUCUGGAGUACGGAGCAGAAUGUCACUGUGGUAACCACAUCAGCAGCUCGCGGUCCCAGGAGGAGGACUGUAGCCUAGUCUGCAGGGGGGAGAGGGGCGAGAGAGGAGUCCCCUGUGGGGGUGUGGGGCGCCUCUCCAUCUAUAAGGUGGAGGAACAGCUCCCAGGACAGAGGAAAUUCAGAAACGUCCGCUACGGUGGCUGCUUCAAGGUUCCAAAGAACACCACCAACACCUUCCCUGUCUACUCCUUUCAACCAAACUCCACUUCACAGACCUGCAUCGAGACCUGCACAGAUAAGGAGCUCCCACUGGCUGUGUUGAGGAAGCCACAUUGUUACUGCGUCUGGGCCUCGUUUCUGUUUAGACUGAGUCAACGUCUGCCACUGGACCAGCCAUGUCUGGAGACUAAUGGCACAGAACACACUGAUGCCUCCAUCUCCACUUCGCCGUCUGACCAAGACUACUACCAGAUCUACCAGACACCUGUACUUGACUCGAGGUGCAAAGAGAGGACAUUUCUGCCUGAGAGGUCUACCUCCCUGGUGGCUCUCUCCAGCUUCCCCGGAGCUGGCAACACCUGGGUACGCCACCUGAUUGAGCUCGUGACGGGCUACUAUACUGGCAGCUUCUACUUCGAUAGCGCGCUUUACAAUAGAGGUUUCAAAGGGGAGAAGGACUACUGGAAGAGUGGGCGUAGCAUCUGUGUUAAGACACAUGAGAGUGGUCAGAGAGAAAUAGAGAUGUUUGACUCUGCCAUUCUGCUGAUCCGUAACCCCUACCGUUCCCUCAUGGCAGAGUUCAACCGGAAGUGUGCUGGACACCUGGGCUAUGCCACAGACGCACAGUGGAGGAGCAAAGAAUGGCCAGAGUUUGUUGACAGCUACGCCCCCUGGUGGGCGUCCCACGCUCUGAGCUGGCUGCAGUUUGGCCGUCGCCUGCUGGUGGUACACUACGAGGACCUGCAGAGGGCGCUCUUCCCCCAGCUCCGCCUCCUCACCUUGUUCCUCAACGCCACCAUGAUGGAGGAGAGGCUGAUGUGUGCUAAAAGCAACCAGGACGGACACUUCAAACGCUCUGGGGGGGCCCAGCGACCUUCCUUCGACCCCUUUACCGCAGAGAUGAGGAGCACCAUCGAUUCCUACAUCCUCACGGUGGACCAGGCCCUGAGGGACAGGAACUACAACGGCCUGCCACACAAAUACUAACCCAGAUGAUCACCAGCUCAUCCACACUACAGCCCAAAAGGACAUGACAAUAAAUGAAGUGGGAAGGUGCAAUCUCUGCCACCACUCCAAGGGGAGUUGUCCAGCCAACUAAUUAGCAUGGUUGGGUGAAGGUUUUUAGAUGUGUUGAAGAAUUCUGUCAGCUACAAAACAUUUCCAGAAGAGUGGCUCAGAGGGAAAGUGACUGUAUGAACACACCAAUGAUGCACUUGACAUUGCCAACCCACUGUGAAUGGCUGUAACAUCGAGUUAGACUUUAGUGUGAACUGUCAGUUUCACUGGGAUGAAGACAUUGCUGAACAUUACAGCUCCUGCUGAAGGUGACACAUUCCCCUUUUUACUGCAGGCAUAUGGAGUAUGGAACAAUUGCCUGUCUGCACAAACAAUUCAAUCAAGCAUUGUAGACUGUGAGGCCUUUAGCUUGUAUUGGAAUCCUUAGGUCAUUUGAAUUUGUUUGGGAUUUUUGUCAUGUGUAAUAUCAGUUUUAAUGAUAAACAGAAAACAUGCCAUCCAGCAAUGUAAUCUGGUUGUUGUAUUGGACUUUUGCUAAUUAAAUGUCCUAUGUUUAGCUCUAUUGUCAGGUUUUUCAUUAUUGGUUGAAUGAUUGACUCAUGGUUGACUCAUAUCUUGUUGUGGUAGUCAGUGGGUAGUGAA